AGGGUGCUUCGAGUGAACAGGUGACCACAGGUCACGAAAGGGUGUGACUCUAAGGUCGUCAACUUGCGCGAUCGCAUCGAUUUUGGCUAAACGUUCCAUCGCGCACGGGUUAUUCGAAAAUGGCGCGGAAGCAAUUUCUGACGGUGGCGGUAGUGGCGGUUCUCUUCGGAGCAGCCCAAGGGAUAAGGUGUUAUCAAUGCGUCAGCAUGAACAGCUCGAGUCCUUUUCAAUGUAACGAGUUCAUGACCGAUGACACGGACUUGGAGCCAGUGUCAUGCGACACGGUCUACGAUGCCCAGUAUUGUGUCAAACAUGUCGGGCGAUUUGAGGUACUGGCCCUGGAUUGUUACCAAUGUACCUCUGCCAUGGAUUGGGAAUGCGGGGAUGAUUUCCUGGUAGUGGAAGCACUUCAACCAAAAAACUGCAACCAUAUUUUUGAAGCACAGUUCUGCGUCAAAUCCAUUGGCCGUUACGGAGGUGGCAUCGGGACCAAGCGAUUCUGCUCAGCAGUCAACUUGGGGAAUUACUGCAAUUACCUAAACCAACCCGGAGACACGUUAAAUUAUAGAACUUGCGUUUAUACAUGUUCUAGCGAUGGGUGUAAUUCAGCGCGAUCACUACUUCCAGGUGUCGUUGCAUUUGUCACUUCUGGAUUUUUACUUAUCUGGAGUCUCUUCUUGCUGACAUAGGAUUAGUAAGUCCAAUUAUUAAAAAGACAUAUCAAACUUGAAAUUAAUCCAUCUCUGACAUUUAAUGUCACCAAACAUGUGCUCUGGAAAAUUUUUUAUACAUCUUCAUUUAAUAUGUUUAUGGCUACAAAGACAUGUUGCAGUUGGGUACUAUUAGUUAUUCGUUCCUAAAAGCAUUCCAUUAUUUUACCGAUAUUGUUUCUAUCGAUUUCAAUGAAAGUAUUUAAGUUAGGUUAACGUUAGAAUUUUUUACAACACAUCGAUUUACACAUGCACAAGGAAGGAGAGUCGCUAGUAAAACGCGCAGGAGUACUUUCUUUGUAACGCUCAAAGCAAGAUACGUUUAUGUAAUUGCAAUUUUAGUACAUACCAAUUUAGUCCUUCGGAUAAGAUACAGACAUUGAGCAGAAACUCGUCAAUGUUAAUACAUUUUUUCUACCCCGUCGACAUAACGGGUUAUAGGUUAUAAGAGAACCGCUCGGAUCAUAAUCUCCUGCAUUAAAGCAAAGAAUUCCACGUAGAGUAAAUGCUUAGGUUUAUUCGAAUAAGCUAUGGUUGAAAAUGCUUGACAUCACUGUUAAUUAUGAGUAGCGAAUAUUUCAUAUAUGUAUGAGAACACACACAUAUAUAUAUAUGUUACCAUGUGUAUGACUUAAGUUAAUGAGAAACUAAUUCAUGAUCUGUAAAAUACUUGUGCACGUCUUUCCGUGAUAGUUUUGUCUUUGGCAUACAAACAUUAAAGCAAUGGUUAAAAAUA